ACAAAGGCCUUCAUCCACCACGAGCUGCUGGCCUACCUGUACUCGUCUGCAGACCAGAGCAGCCUUAUGGAGGAGUCAGCCGACCAGGCCCAGCGGCGGGACGACAUGCUGCGCAUGUACCAUGCACUCAAAGAGGCACUCAACAUCAUCGGGGACAUCAGCACCAGCACUGUGUCCACGCCUGUGCCCCCACCCGUUGAUGACACCUGGCUCCAGAGCUCAAGCAGCCACAGCCCCACUCCGCAGCGUCGACCUGUGUCCAGCAUGCACCCCCCGGGCCGGCCUCCUGCGGUGAGGGGCCCCACUCCAGGGCCCCCUCUGAUUCCCAUGCCAGUGGGGACAGCAGCCUCCUUCACCGCACCCCCCAUCCCAUCCCGGCCUGGACCCCAGAGUGUGUUUGCCAACAAUGACCCCUUCUCAGCCCCACCUCAGAUCCCAUCUCGGCCAGCUCGGAUCCCCCCUGGCAUACCUCCUGGAGUGCCCAGCAGAAGACCCCCUGCUGCGCCCAGCCGGCCCACCAUUAUCCGCCCAGCCGAGCCAUCCCUGCUCGACUAGGCUGCGCGGGGGGCAUGAUCUCGGGGGCCUCGCGCACCCACAGUGCAAGAGCUUCAGUGGCCUGGGCCCUUUCACCCCUGUGCUGGGACCAGGCUCCCCGCGGGCAUACCGUGCCUCUUCCCUAAGCCUGGCCCCCAUCCCUGGCUGGACACCACAGAGUGAAGGGACCCUGGAGCCCCAGGCGGGGGGCACUGGGGUGUUGCACUUUGGGGGAUGGAGUCUCCAGGGGGCAGAGGGGAUAGUACCCUGGGUGCUAUCUCGAAUGAGGGAUCCAGGCAGGGCUGGGGGGAUCUGCCAGGGGCUUCUCUGGCUGGGCAAACCCACAUAGAGCAGGCCUACUGAAAGCUGGGGUGCCAAGGGUACCUGUAUUCCCCAGACCCUGUUGGGGUGUAAGGAAUGUCCGCCUCUCAUCAGUGGAAGCUCCCCAGCAGCUAGCCAGGGCUGCCCGGCCGCCCGGCCCGAGUUGUACAUACUCCUUCCUCAGCCACAUUAACCACAGAGCCUAGCCCGGCCCAGCCUCAGCCGCCAGAGGUGCCUUCGCCAGGCCUGGAAACCUCAGCCCGGGCUGGCCUCGCUCUCUGCUCUCUCCAUCCCUGCCUCCUCCUGGGUCCCCCAGGGUGGCUUGGGCUUCAGGGGCAGUGUGGGUUGGGGAGGCUUUGGGGCCUACCCCACAGGGUGGGCCUGGGCAGCCUCUCUCUGAGCCUUUCUCACUUGCUCCUCGCCCAGUUUGACCACUGUAAGUGCCUGCACUCUGUAUCCUAUUAAUAAAGUAAAAUAAAGGGAAAAAGCUUCUGCUGGC